AUGAAAGUCCUAACUACUCUGCACGAGAGAUUGACCGUGAAAAGUGUCGACCGAGAUGGCACCCCUCGGACGGUUGAAUUUCUCGACAAUGACUCGAUAAGGCCAACAAGGGUACAAGAUCGAACAUGGUCUCAUAUUACUUACAUAGCCUUCUGGUUCUCGGCAUCGGGAAAUGUGAGCAAUCUCUACGCUGCUUCAACCGGCUUGACAGUCGGAUUGUCUAUGUGGGAGUCCAUUAUCUGUCAGUUAGGGGGACAGAUCUUGGCAGGCAUUCUCAUGGCUCUGAAUGGUCGCGCUGGUGCCCUGUAUCGCAUUUCUUUCCCGGUUCUCUGUCGGUCUAGCUGGGGUCCACUUGGGGCUCUUUGGCCUACAUUUAACCGCGCAGUAAUGGCCAUUGUAUGGAACGGCGUCAAUGCUGUCCAGGGUGCGCAGUGCCUGAAUGUACUACUGCAUUCCAUUUUCCCGUCGAUGGCUAAAAUUCCUAAUACUAUGGGCUCCAAGUCUGCCCUUACCAGUGCAGGAAUGAUAUGCUUUUUCGUGUUCUGGCUCGUCAACUGCGCAUUUCUAUUUAUCCCUAUACCCAAGAUGAGGCUACUCGUCUAUAUCAAAGUGGUAGCUUAUUAUAGUGCCACUGUCGCUAUGCUGGCUUGGACACUCUCUUUAUCUGGAUCUUCUAACCACACACUUCGGUCGCAUUCAACAAUCCACGGUACCGAAAAGUCCUGGAUGGUUGCCAAAUUCUUCUGGCUAGGGCUCGCAAGCGUUGCCACCUUCGUCUCCAAUGCUGCUGAUCUUCAGCGAUAUGCUAGAAGACCGAACGAUGUUAUCUUGGGUCAAAUGUUCAGCUUUCCCGUGGCCAACUUUAUCAUUGCCAUCAUGGGCUGUGUUAUAGCUGCUACCAGUGAACCUAUAUUUGGGGAGCUUAUAUGGAACCCCAUUAAUAUUCUCGAACGUCUCAUGGAAGGCGAUCGCUAUACAGCCGGGAACCGAGCUGGUUGCUUUUUUAUCUCUCUUGGCUUUGUAUACUCAACUAUCUUCACCAAUAUAUUUGAGAACUCCAUACCAGUGGGAAACGAUAUAGCAGCCUUGCUUCCAAAAUACCUCAAUGUCAAGCUUCUAUCCUACGCCAUUUGUCCGUGGUAUCUACUAUCGUCAGCCGCUGUUUUCAUCAAGUUUCUCUCCUCCUAUCAGAUCUUUCUCUCCGCCAUUGCAGGAGUCCUACUCUGCGACUAUUAUCUGAUCCGCCGAGGCCGGCUUUGUAUCCCAGAACUGUACACCAUGAAUCCGGAGGGUCGCUAUCAUUACCUGCGCGGCAUCAAUUUCCGUGCCUUCGCAGUAUAUCUAGUCUCAAUAGCCCCGAGCUUUUAUGGAUUUCUGAGCCAGCUGGGUGUAAAGGCUCCGUUAUCUAUUCAACGGUUCUAUUACGUUUCGUAUCCGACCGGACUGUUGAUUGCAUUCAUUGGAUAUUAUUUAAUAUGCCUUUGCUUUCCUAUCGUGGGAAUGGUGCGAACCCUUGGCUGGUACGAACCUAGAGAUUAUAUUGAUGUGCAUGAUUCCGCCAGAGAUGAUACUACAAUGGACUUUGAUGGUGUUGAUGUCUCGAGGCAGGAGAGUGAUGCAUUCGAUUCCGUUGUUGCAGAAGGUAUCAAACGAGACGAAGAUAUAAAACGGACUAUUGCUUGA